AUGAAGAUUAUUUACCUGCUCUUUGCUGUUGUCUUUCUGGUGCUACAAGGUGUGCCAGAAUUCUCCAAGGCUCAGAAACUCAGCAAGAGAUGUAAACUGCGUGGGGGUUUUUGUUCCUUUCUGACAUGCCCUUUUAAAACAAUACGCAUUGGAAGAUGCUCUAAUCUUGCGCUGUUUUGCUGUCAAAG